AUCUUAUCAGAAUAUAACUGGGUCUCUGAUUCAGUCAAAGUUGGAAGAAAUGUAUCUUGUAUUUAGUAAGGGUUCUAUUCUAAAAAGCAAUCAGGAUUUUAACCGAUUAUAUGACAUUAUUGAAUCACUUAUCGGUAAGAAGAUUGAUAAUCGAACUUGUAAUGAAAAUACAGAUUUUACUGUAUUUGUCAAUUGAAGACAUCGUUUUAUUCAAAUCGUUGAUUAAUGAUGUUGAAAUUGAAGACGUUCCCAUAAAGGACAUUACCAAAGAGAGAUUACGGAUUGAAUAUAUGAGAGAUCAUGAUGAACUUAUUCAUUCGGAAGAGUUGGACUUAGAAUUUGGUUCGAACGAAGAGAAGAUGGCAAUGAAAUUAUUAAAAAUGCAUUUUCAUCAUAUAGAACAAAGUCAAUUAAAACUUCAAAAACUUAUAAAAUUGAAUAAAGUUUGUCAGGAUAUUAUUCCAAUUCAUAUCGAUUCAGUGAAUGCUCAUCAUAUUCCCCUUAAAUUCCUUAAUGGUUUUUCAGGUGAAUCGCAAAAGUUUGACUUAAUAUUGGAAGUGGAAAACUUAAGUCAUAAGUCAAUAUCAGAUUUAGAUGAAUUUUCAUAUCCUGAUAUUAUUAGUGGUAUAAUAAUCACAAGUGUACCAACAUCAGAUUUCAGUACAGAUUUCAAUAUAGAUUUUGAAUCAAAAAUGUAUGAUUUAUCAAGAUAUAAGAAUCUAAGACUACUCAAUGUCCCUCUGUUUUCUACCUAUCUGUCGAUAUUUUCACCAAAUUUAUUUAAUACUUUGACUGAUUUGAUUAUUAACAAUAUAUGUGAAUUUGAGUACUUAUCUCAUUUCAAUAAAUUAGAGCGUUUAGAGGUAGAAAUAAAUGCUGAAGAAGAAUUUUAUAUCAAAGAUUUACCAAGAAGAAUUUCCAAAUUAAAAUUAAUAGUAGACGUUGAUGUUGAUCCAGUCAUAAUCAAUUCAAGCGACGAUUGGCCACCUAAUUUAAAAUCAUUAUCACUUAAGGAUGAUUAUUGUGAUGAGCCACCAUUUGUUAAUUUUCAAAAUUAUGAUUUACCUUCAAAUUUAACCCUGCUAGACGUUGAAGGUCAUUUUUUGGAUGGAUUGUUAGAUAAAUCCCCUGUAUCAUUAACUGAAUUAACUUUACUGCAAGAAUCUUACUAUGAUAAUUCCCAGUUGAUCAACUUUAAAAUCCCCCAUGGUAUCACUAAACUUGACUUGACAGAAUUUAAUUCUUCAAAUAAUCUGUUGGACCUUCCAAGUGGAUUACAACUGUUCAAGUUGUUUAAUUGUAAUUUUUCAAUGCCAGUGAAUGAUUUUAAUUUUGACCAUUGCAAAUCAUCAUUAAGAGUUUUCGAGGUGGAAAGUUAUAAAAAUCCAAUCUCUUUCACAAAUUUAGAUUUUAGUGAAUUUUCAAAGUUAACAAACAUAUCAAUAGCUGAUUGCGCAAUUACAAGUCUAAGUUCCUUCAAUCCACCAACUUGUUUACGAUACUUAGAUAUUAUUGAUAAUUCUAUUAAAACGCUUGAUGAAUCUUGUCCUUUAUUCAACAACCCCAGCAAAUAUUCCCAAUUUGUUGAAGCGACGUUUAAAGAUUGUCAAAUCACCAGGAUUUCACCAAAUAUCAAAUGGCCAAUACAUUUACAGGAUUUAUUCAUAAGCGAUAGCUGUGAAAAGAAAUUCUUUUUUACCAGUUCAAUUGCUAGACAUAAGUCGUUGCGAAAAUUACAUUUAGGAGUACUAUCUUCCAUUCAUAUUUACGAUCUAAAUAUAACCAAAUCUGGUGAUCCAUCAAAAUUCGAAAAAUUAACGUUUACAUUCACCAGCGAUUCUAUUCCAAAGACUAAACAAGAUUACAAUAGAUUUUAUGAUAAGAUUGAAUUUCAUGUUGGGAAGAAAAUCCAAAAGAGAGCCUAUAAAACAAACCUUAAUAAAGAUGUAGUUAUGAAAUUUGUCGAUACUAAAUAGGACCAUUCGUUAUUCUUAUCAAGUUGUAGUAUUUAGGUGCAAAAAAAUAAAAAAUAAAUUGAAAUUCUAAAAAUAGACGCAUCAGACCUUAAU